AUGGUCGCCCGGGUCUACGUCGGCGGUCUGCCACCGGACGUGACGGAGGCCGACCUGCGCAUGCGCUUCGGCAAGAUCGCGGGCGUGACGAUCGAGGCCAUCGAUAUGGUCCUCCUCGGCGAGAAGGGCCGCGGUAUCCGCGACUUUUGCUACAUCAACCUCGUGGGUCCGUCGCCCGAGGCCGAGGCCGCGGCCGUCGCCCAAUACCAACAAGCGUACAACAACACCAAGUGGAAGGGCAAGCGACUGCGCGUUGAGCUUGCCGAGCCCAGCUUUGAGGCCCGGCGCCUUGCCGAGCUCGCCGAGAUCCAAGCCAACGUCGCUGCCGCCGCGGCCGCGCGGUCGGUCGGCCCGCCCCGCGCGACGCCGACGCUCAAGACGGCGUACGCUGGCACCCGCAUCGUCUUUUAA